AUGCUUCGGUUCGCUUGCCUUCCGCGGGCUGUGCGCCCGAUGUCGUGGGCGACGCCGCUGCAGUCGAUGGCGACCUUCGCCAAGGAGCCCAAGUGGAAGAAGGACCGCGAGGACAAGUACAAGCGGGCCAAGACGAAUGACGACGGCCCGCGCAAGAAGACGUUCAAGCACAAGUCGCCGACCAAGGCGGCGGCCAAGCCGAUGGCCAAGCCCGACGCCAAGUUCGAGAAGCCCAAGCCCACGCCGCCGCAGUCGCUCUCGGAGCACCAGGCCGAGCUCGAGCAGGCGUGGGCCGAGAUGCGCAAACGCCGCUCGACGCCAGCGUCCGAGCCCGCGGCUCCUGUCUUUGACAAGCCAUUUGAUGCGAAGAAGGGCUCCGUGAAGGACAAGAUCAAGGCCAAGCGCCAAAAGAACAAGGAAGAGCGCGUCUUCACCAACCUCGAAGCGCCGACCUCGGACGUUGUCGAUGCGUCGUUCCACUACCAAGAGCCGGACGCCCCCGAGACGGGCUCGCGCGCUUUGUCGGUCGCCGUCAUCGGCCGCCCGAACGCGGGCAAGAGCUCGCUCAUGAACUCGCUCCUCGGCUUCAACGUCUCGGCGGUCUCGGCCAAGUACAACACAACGCGCGACCGCGUCCUCGGCAUCCUCACGCAGGACGACGUGCAAAUCACGUUCUUCGACACGCCGGGCCUCGUGAACCAAAAGGACAACCACAAGUACGUGCGGUCAUUGGCCGUCACGGCGUCCGAGACCAUGUCGUCGGUCGAUCUCUCGCUCCUCGUUGUCGACGCGGUCAAGCGCCUCGACGACGAAGCGCUCGAAGCCCUCAAGAACAUUGCGAUCUCGUCGGCGCAAGUGUCGGCGCCGAUCGCGCUCGUCCUCAACAAGAUGGAUUUGGUCGGACCGGCCGAGAAGGCGCACGUCACCAAGCGUGUCCAGGUGCUCAGCGAGAUGAUUGACGCAGCGUUCGAAGAGCACUACAAGCCGGAGCCGGAUUUCUCCGAGUUUGAUGACGACGAAGAUGGCGAAGACGACGACCCGGACUUUGACGCCGAGUCGUUCUUCGCGAGCGAAGAAGACUUGGAAGAGUACGAGAGCGAGGACUUUGACGAAGACGAUCUGCUGCCGAGCGUCACGCCGCUGACACUCGACCCGAAGACGUACCUCUUUGACAAGACGUUCAAGGUUUCGGCGCUCAAAGAGUCGGGCGUCAAGAAGCUGCGCUCGGAACUGCUCUCGCUGGCCGUGGACCGGCCGUGGCUGUACCACUCGAGCAUCAAGUCGGACCGCUCCGACUUGGACUUGGUCACCGAGAUCAUUCGCGAAAAGAUCUACCGCCGCUUCAACCAAGAGCUGCCGUACCAGAUUGAGCAGGAGAACCGCGGCUGGACGCCGUUCAGCGACAAGAGCAUUCGCAUCGACCAGGAUCUGAUCGUGCCGUCGGACCGCCACAAGCGCAUUCUCAUCGGCAAGCAAGGCGACACGCUCCGGUCGAUCGGCACGUCGGCGCGCCUCGACAUCCAGAAGCUCCUCGGCUGCCCCGUGCAUUUGUACCUCAACGUCCGCUCCAAGCAGUAA